UCCAUCGUCUUUCUCCUCCUCUAGUCUCUCCCUGUUCUCUGGCAGCAACACCAGCAGCAUCCUCCCUGUGUCCCUUUUUGCACCUCGCUAUGAUCCUCUGGGUAAAAAUGGGCAAAAUGGCUCUGCAGGAGCUCUUGAGGAGGCUCAGCGCUGUCACACACAGCAUCGAUGAGAUCAUGCAGCAGGAGACCAGUCCGCUCUAUGCUGCUGACAUAUGCCCUGAUCUCAGGAAACGCUUUGCCUUCCUGUCAGGGGGCAGAGGUGCGAAUGGCAGCCCCAUCAUCGUCUUCCCAGAGUUCCCUACGUUUACUGAGCUGGAGGAUCAAGAAUUUCACAAUGUAUUGAGCUACCUGACCAGUGUACCCAGCCUCGGCGCAUCAGGAGUUGGCUUCAUCCUGGUCAUCGACCGCAGGCAAGACAGAUGGGCAGCAGUAAAGGGAACACUACUGCGCAUCGCUGGCUCUUUCCCAGGAAACCUGCAGCUGGUAUUGGUGUUGCGGCCCACCACCCUGUUACAGCGCACACUUUCCGACUUCUUAUUUAGGUUCAACAAAGAUGAGUUUAAAAUGAAGGUGCCGGUCAUCAUGCUUAGUUCAGUGACUGAGCUGCACAGCUACAUAGAUCGUUCCCAACUCACCCAGGAACUAGGGGGCACUCAGGAGUACUGCCACGAGAAGUGGCUCUCACACCGCACAGCUAUAGAAGGCUUCGCCCUGAUGGUGAAGAAGACAGCUCAGACUCUGCAGGCAUUUGGGACAGAGCUGGCAGAGACUGAGCUGCCCAAUGACAUAGAGUCCACAUCCACCCUGCUGAGCACCCACACAGAAAAGAAAGAAAACAUGAAGGAGGAUCUGAAAAUAGCUUUAAGUCAAGGAGGGCGUUUAUUAGAGAGCAUUAACGAGCCACUGGUUGCAGAUCCAGACUACAGCAUGAACCAUGAUGAGCUGGAAAACCUGGCUACUGUACAGAGGUUACUGGAGCAGUUGGAUGAGACAGAAACAGCGUUUGAUGAUUUCUGGGAGAGACAUCAGACCAAGCUGGAGCAGUGUCUUCAGCUCCGCUAUUUUGAACACAACUUUAGGGAGGUCAGAGCACAUUUGGAUCAGGUUGCUGACAGACUGUCUAGCUUCUCAGAAGUGGGUAUAAGCCCUGCUCAUGGUGAACACAUCCUGAAAGAGCUGACUAGUCAUGAAGAAAAAACAUGUGAUGUGCUGGACAGGGCUUUGGCUCUGGCUGCUGAAGGAGACACACUGAUUGAGAAUUCCCACUAUGCUGUGGACUCCAUCAUGCCCAAAUGUUUAGAGCUCAGACAUGUAUGUGAGGAGGUGGGAGCUGUCCUGAAGGCCAAAAAGACCCACCUGCUUAAAGCCAUGGAACUCCACUCCAGCCUUGAAAAGACCACCAAAUGGUGCGAUGAAGGAAUUUAUCUUCUAGCGUCUCAACCUGUUGACAAGUGCCAGUCACAAGACGGAGCUGAGGCAGCGUUGCAGGAGAUUGAGCGCUACUUGGAUACAGGCAAUCUGCACAUGCUAACAGACUUAAAUAGCAUCUGGAGAGAUUAUGAGUCUGUCCUCACUGCAGACUUUAGAGAGCAGGUGGAGCGGGUCUUUCAGAAGCAGCUGUCAAUGCAGGACAUGUUUGAGAAAAGGAGAGUUAGCCUGAAGAAGCUAGCAGCCAAGCAGACACGGCCUGUCCAACCGGUUGCCCCUCGACCCGAGGCCAUCAAAUCACACGUGUCUUCUCCUGUCCACAAGGAGAUUUCAUUGUCAACAGAAAUCAUCAACAACAGAAAGGGUAGUACGAUCUUGCAGAAUGGCAAACAGACCUAUCUCUCAGAAGAGGAGGAAAGCCUCGCUGUACUCAGACGGCAUGUAAUGAACGAGUUGUUGGAGACGGAAAGAGCGUAUGUAGAAGAGCUGCUGUGUGUACUUCAGGGUUAUGCAGAUGAGAUGGACAACCCAAACAUGGCUCACCUCAUCCCUGUCUCACUCCACAACAAAAAAGAAAUUCUGUUUGGCAACAUGGACGAAAUCUACCAGUUUCACAACACAACUUUCCUCAGAGAACUGGAGGCUUACAUGGACUGCCCUGAGCUUGUAGGCCGAUGCUUUUUAGAAAGAAUGACAGAUCUUGAAAUUUAUGAGAAGUAUUGUCAGAAUAAGCCACGCUCUGAGUCAUUAUGGCGGCAGUGCUCUGACUGCGCCUUCUUCCAGGAAUGCCAGAGAAAACUAGAGCACAAGCUGGGCCUGGACUCGUACUUGCUGAAACCUGUACAGCGCAUCACAAAAUACCAGCUCCUGCUAAAGGAGUUACUAAAGUACAGCAAGGGCUGUGAGGGUUCGGAAGACCUGCAGGAGGCACUCUCAUCCAUUCUUGGCAUUCUCAAAGCCGUCAACGACUCCAUGCACCUUAUCGCCAUUACAGGAUAUGAGGGAAACCUAAAUGAGCUGGGCAGGCUGCUGAUGCAGGGAUCAUUCAGUAUGUGGACAGAACACAAGAAAGGUCAUGCUAAAGUCAAGGACCUGGCACGGUUUAAGCCGAUGCAGCGGCACCUGUUCCUGCAUGAGAAAGCCCUGCUCUUCUGUAAGAAACGCGAAGAGAGCGGCGAGGGCUAUGAGAAAGCACCAUCCUACAGCUUCAAACACUCGCUCAACAUGAGCGCUGUGGGCAUUACAGAGAAUGCCAAAGGAGACAACAAGAAAUUUGAGAUCUGGUACAACUCACGAGAAGAGGUCUACAUUGUCCAAGCCCCAACACCAGAGAUCAAAAUGGCAUGGGUGAAUGAGAUCCGUAAAGUUCUAACCGGCCAGCUGAAAGCCUAUAGAGAGGCCAGUCAGCACAAGUCAGAGCAGCUCUCUCCACUUCCCACGUCCAACACCAUGAUUAGCCUAAGUCCUUUUAAAAACAGUCAGAAGAAUCAGAAGAAAGGGGAGGAGAAAAAAAUAGAAUUUGGUGUUCCUGACCUCAGCAUAGCACCCUCGUCUAAAAACUCAGAUAAGAUGAAAGAGGAGAUAGUAACCAGUCCCACCUCAGACAGGGCAGCUGGGGCUAAAAAGCGUUUUACACUGCAGGGCUUCAGCAACCUCAAGAGUCAAAAAGGAUCUCCUCCUAGUCCUGACUACAAAACUAAACGACAUGAGAUUAAGAGAGAUCCAACACCAUUUGGAUUCAGAGGUUUCAGUAAGGCGUCUCUCUCUAUGGAUGCCUCGGAGGAGAUGGAUGGUUAUUCCAGUGCAGAGGAUCCUUCAAACUCCGACCCUGAGGAUGAGGGAAAAAAACUGUCUCCUGGCAGGUACGUGGUGGUGGCCGACUAUGACGGAGGUGCUCCGGACCUGACAGUAAAGAACGGAGACACGCUGCAGCUGGUCCGUGAAGGCACUGACGGACAGUGGUUUGUGCGUAACCUGAACAACAGUCAGGAAGGCUGGGUACCCGCUGCUAAUCUGCUCACUCUGAUUGGAGAGUCCAAGUCCUCACAGUCUCUCACCAGCUCAGAAUGCAGCGGGUCUGGCAACUUGAGCACUUCAUCCAGCUGUAGCGAGACCUACACCAGCUUCUCCGACAUCAAGCCCUGAUGUCCGGGUCUCUGACCUGCCUCUACUGCACAGCCCUGUGGCAGCCCGACACAAUGCACUUUCUACUGAGACACCUUCUCCAUGUACUGCAUCCUGGACCAGAACCUCAGCCCUGUGAGUUUAAUGCACAGCUUCCAUGGUACAUCACAUCAGUAGUUUAGUGUUACAGAGACAGGAGUCUCCAUGUUCACUCUCCUGUCUGAGAAUAAGCUACUGAUGUAUUCUAGUGCAAUAUUCUUUGGUUACAAAAUAAAACACUUGAUCCACUAUACUGAAAGCUGUGAUCAUUCCUCCUCUGCGUGAUUGGACUGCUGUUAUACCGAGAAAAAUCUAAAUGGUUUUAUAUUUUCAUGAGCAUUUUUAUACAAUGCACCACCCCUUGCCAACAAAAUAGAGCAUUAUAUGACAUGGAUAAAGGUCUUUGGAGUCGUGUCCAGUUUUUUAUACUGUGAAAUGUUCUGUCCUGUACACAGUAUGUAUUCAUUAUAUAUUGGUGUAUAUUUUAGAUUUUCCUGUAUAAUAAAUAUUUGUACAUAUGUUAUAACGUUACCUCUUUUUCACUAAGA